UUCUUCUUUGACGAUCUGCAAGCACGUACGCCGCAGCUGACCCAUCUGAAGAAACUACUCGAAAGCAUGGGACUAGAGUAUUCCAACGGAGAAGAAGCAAUCCAGUUCAAUGAGAUUAGUCGACAUCAUGAUCUCCUUCUGCGAACCUAUGAGGAACUUGGUCAAAAACUAGAGACUGCGUCAAACGAGCACUUCGCCUUCAUGCAAGUGAACCAGAACUUCAACCGGUGGAUCCAGCAGAAAAUGGAACUCGCCCAGAUGAAUAGCGCUUCUGUUCAAAACCUGGCACAAGUGGAAGAUGCCCUCUGCAAACUCAAGAACUUGGAAGAGGAGUUGCUGGCUGGAGUCGAACAACAACAGACCCUGGUUGAGGCCACGAACAAGGCCGCCACCGCCUCUUCGCGGGCACUGAGGGCAGCCAGCAGUCCAAACAGGUAUGAGCCAGCGGCUUGCUGGAUGACCGAAGAAGCCACGAUCACGGAGGAGAAAUGGAGGGUUCUGAAACUCGACGUCACACAGGUUUGUUGCCGGGCCUUUUUUCAGUUCGGAUAUUGCCCCUCCCUCGCAUGCACUCAAUGUACUGGUUACGGCUGUGAUCACAACUGA